AUGCAUGAUUGCAUGGUAUCUUUAAAUUUAUUAGUCGCCAUUAUUAUGGAAAAUUAUUCAUUAUUUUAUUCAAACGAAGAAGAUGCAUUACUCAGUUAUAACGAUAUAGGACAUUUUCAAACAGUAUGGAAUAUGGCAGAUAUUUCAAGAAAAGGUGUUAUACCAGCGAGACGAGUCAAAUUUUUAUUAAGAUUAUUGAAGGGACAAUUAGAGGUUGAUGCAGAAAAAUUGUAUAAACAUAUGUGUUAUGAAACAGGAAAAUUGAAUAAUGGCUCUGACAUUAAAUUUCACGAUGUUUUAAAUAUGUUAGCCUAUCGUUCUGUAGAAAUUCGUAAAUCUCUACAAUUUGAAGAAUCGUUAGCACAUCUAUGGUAUCGUUUACAUAUUACAAAUUUAUCACCAAGUACAUUAUUUCUCAGUAUAUUGAAAACUUGUUUUGAUGAACAUUAUAAUGAGCCACGACAACUAACAACAAAAGAUGUAGCUAGUCUAUUAAGUAAAGAUAUCUUUGAAUUUGUUGAUAAACUAUUAGAUGAUGUUAGUGUAACUGAAAUGUUAAAUUUAAAAACAACAUUUUCUAGUGAUAGUAGUAUUGAUAUAAAAGAUGAAGCUACAAAACUAUAUUUAUCUCAAGGUAGUGAUAGUAAAAAUCGAAAAAAUAUGUGA